AUGAGGUUCACACAACUGUACUUCGCUGUGCUGCUCGGCAUCGGCCUGGUAGCCGCCUUCCCCCGCCUCAUCACCCGCACCGCCAACAACAAACAGUCCGCGCGGGAUGUGGGCGCCGCUAACCUGGACGAGACCUACGCCAGCUACGCAAAAUACGUCGUCCGCCGCGAAGCGGAGGAGCUCGGCGAUGCCCUUGCUGCGGGCUUCGUCGUAGCACGCGACGAUACUCACAUUGACGGCUCGGACAGCAGUGAUGACGACAGCCAGUCCGAUGACGGGGACGCCAGCUCCGGUGACGACAGCCAAUCGGACUCGGACUCGGACUCUGAUAGUGGUGACGAUGACAAGAAGAAGCUUAAGAAAGCUCGUGCCCUGAUCAAGAAGCUGAAAGCCCGCGCCCUAGCCAAGAAGCUUAAGACCCGCGCGCCCGCGCAUAAGAAGCGCGGCGGCGGCCACAAGGACGGCGAGGACAGCAGCGACGACGAUAGCCAGUCUGAUGACGGCGAUGCAAGCUCAGAUGACAACUCGGACUCAGACUCGCAGUCCGAUGACAAUAACUCUGACGACUCGGACGACGGGGACGAUGAUAGCGAUGAUGACAAACCCACCACUACGAGGACCACUUCGACCACCAGGACCACCGGAACGACCUCCACCACUAGAACCACCGGCACGACUUCGACGACAGGAACGACCAGGACGACGAGCACUACUAGGACGACGGCGCCGACGCCGUCGCCAACGUAA